UAUGCCCCCAAAUGUUUCACUUUGAGAUCCAGCAACUGCAUUACUAUGCACUACUGUUUAGGGUAACGAGUCCUGAGCUGCUGUGAUCAUGCGCAAUGGUUGUCACGCUGUGUUGUCGGUGCGUCUUUGGCUCUUCGCCUCUUUGAAGCAGCACAUCUUUGCUCUGUGGGUUCAGUGACGCGCUCUGCUCUGAUCACCGGACGCUUCUGGGGAUUUUAGUAGUGACUUUAAUCUUUAAAAUGGAGGGCUUGAAAACUUCGGACCGAUUUUUUCACAAGUCCUUCAGCAUCAGCAGCCUGUUGUUGAGACGAGAGGGAGUGAUGGGUGACCAGGAGUGUCCAUCUCAGUCCCAGAAACCGCGCUCCGCACAUCCAGAGAAAUCCAGUCAAGAGGAAAAGUUUGACAGUGAAAAGAACUGCGAAGCGCCAAAACUGUGCAUUAAAGCGGAAACCAAGCCGGUGAGUGCAAAUGGGAAACGAGAAGGAAAUAAGGGAGAAUCAAAGAAAGGCGUUGGAGCAGAAGAAAGCGUUAAGCCUGAGAAACCUCCUUUCAGUUACAACGCGCUCAUCAUGAUGGCUAUCCGCCAGAGCCCGGAACGACGGCUCACGCUCAAUGGUAUCUAUGAGUUUAUUAUGGACAAUUUUCCAUACUACCGUCAGAACAGACAAGGAUGGCAAAAUUCAAUCAGGCACAACUUAAGUCUGAAUAAGUGUUUCGUUAAAGUGCCACGCCACUAUGAUGACCCGGGUAAAGGCAACUACUGGAUGCUGGACCCCUGCAGUGAGGACGUCUUCAUAGGUGGCACAUCCGGAAAACUCCGGCGCAGGGCCGCAGCUGGCUCCAGGACCAAGCUUGCACUAAAACGGGGCGGAGGUCGUCUGAUGUCUUCCAGCACUGCAACCAGCGUGACCUUGGCCGCAGCAGGUUCAUUUUACUGGCCGGUGCCGCCGUUUCUGCCUCUCCAAACACCAGUGCGCACUCACCUUGGCGCGGGGACUUAUCUGAGAGCUCACCCCCGCUUCCCAAACCACGCCACAUCGAUGGUUUCACAGCGGUCCCGGUUGAGUGCAACAGGUGCUGUAGACGCCGACCGGUUCGUGCAGACGCACCAGGAGAUGUCUUACAUUGGACUCAGCUGCGCGCAAUCCCGACGCCAUCAGAUUGGCACCGCCUGCACCGCUUUCUCCACAUCCAUCCCUGCAUGCCCCCUUCCGCUGUCGGAUCCGUACUCUUUUAACAUGAUCUCCGGACAAGCCAGCUACUUUUACUCUCACCAAAUGCCUUGUCCCGCAACGUUUAGUCCGUGUCAAGAGGAGUGCGCCACUUCUAAGACAUCUCCGGGACAAUGUGUAUCCAAGAACGGCCACUCAGACCUCGGAGGGUUCUGUAAUGACUUUCGAAACUACUGCCCUCCAGUCAGUUCAAGCCAUCCGUCUUGGAAUAUAGAAAAAUAGAGUGACCAACAUAUCUAAGAUUUAAGACACUGUUGUAGAAUUUAGAUGAACAAAGUUGGUAAAUAAGAGGCCGGAGCAUCCUACUUAAUAGAGGACCUGCAGAUUGGAUUUUCUUGAGUUUAUGAAAACGCUGGUAAAUGAAACAAAUUCCGCAAUAUUCCCCCAAUAAUGUCUGCGUUGCAAUGAAAGAUAACUAGAGUGAAAUGGGAAAUUUUUGCACUGUCCUUGUAUUGUUUCAUCAGAACGCGUAAUUUAAAUUUGUUAGAUUGACUAAAGAUAGCUGAAACAUAAACAACAUGAGUCAGGGUCUCACGUAAAUUGAAAUUUAAACCGGGCUUAUUCUGACACACGCCAUUUCGAAAAUGUGCAAUAAUAUAUAGGUUAGUCUUGAUUGCGCAUUUGUUUCGUUUUAAAAAACAUCAGUGUAACGAGGAACCAGGUCAAAUCAUCAUUAAAAAAAUAUGAAACUAUAUUCUUGAUUUAGAAACAAUGGUGUUUACUUGGGUAACUUUUCUCAUGAAUUAUUUUCCACACACAUAUGCACUUGCCAGUAGUAGAAAUGGAAGUGGUUUGCGCACAGGAAUGUCACUGUUUGAGGCCUAAUAUGCCAUCAUCUGAAAUUGUCUGCAAAAUACCGAACAACGUCAUUUAAAAAAAAUGAAAUUAAG